AUACGAUUGACAGCUGUUUGACAGACGUCUCACAUCUACUGUAAUGUCUUGUUUUGAUUUUGAAUUUAAUUUCUUAAUUAAAGUUUGUGUUUUAAAUAUUAUUCAUUACAAUUCUACUUGCAAAAAUGUCUUCUAUUGUAUGUUUUAUAUGUCAUUGCCCAACGUCUUGUGAUAUUAAUGACGAGACACAAGAGAAAUUUAAAGAUAUAUCGGGAAUGAAUCUCUUCCCUAACUCACGUUUGUGUUAUAUGUGUCGUCAUUUGUUAAAUAAAUAUUGGAUAUUUAAGUCUAUUUGCGUUCAACGGAUUUUGGAGGAUCCUACGAUUUAUGGAGAAAUAGACAUAUUUAAAUAUCAAGAGAAUAAAGCUCAUAUAUACACAUUAUGCACUGAAGAUACAUGUUCUGAAAAUCAAUUUGAAUGUAUUAAUAAUGAUUAUUAUUAUCAACAUAAUGAUGAUGAAAACAAUGAUACUGGAAAUGUCCAAGAAGUGAAUGACAAUGUCUCAAAUUCAUUAGACAGUGUAACUGUAGAAUUACAAGAUAUUCCAAGUGAUGAUGGUGAUAAAUCAUGCGGUGAUAAUGUAGUAAUCAGUAAUGAUUUGACAGAAGACAAUGAAACAAUAUUAAAAAGCAAGAAGAAAAAAUCGAAAAAGAAAAAAAAGGAUUUCGAAAAGAUAUUUUUAAGCUUAGAAGAACAGAAAGCAGAGUUAGAGAGGAAUAGAAGACAGAAGAAGUAUAUAGAAGCGGAGUUUAAGUGUUACAAUUGUGCUUUGGGGUUUUUGUUCAAAGAUACAUACCAAGCGCAUAUGAUGAGGCAUGAAGAGUCAAACGGCGAGUUUCGCUGCGAAACGUGUACGCUACGGUUCGCGAGCGCGCGUGUGCUUCGCGUGCAUGCGGCAGCGCAUGCGGCGCGCAUGCGCUGCCGGCGCUGUGCGCGCGCGCGGCCGCGGCGCGCCUGCGACUGCGGGCCCGCGCCGCGCCCGCCCGCCGACCACGACCCGCGCGCUUGUCACCUCUGCGGAGCCGUCUUCCGGGAAGCUAGCGGGCUCCAGCAGCACUUGAGACGGUACCACCAGGCGGCCGCCAGCCAGCGCAGCUACUCAUGCAGUGUCUGCGGCAAGAGCUACGCCAACCAGGCCGCCGUCAGGACGCAUAUGAUAACCCACAUACGACGCAAGUUCAACUGUGACCAGUGUUCAUCCAUCUUCAGCAGUCCGUACACUCUGAAGCAGCACAUGAAGAAGCACCAGCCUGGUGAGGCCACUAUGUUCUUCUGUGAGACAUGCAGCGUCAGUUACACCAGCAAGAAGAGUCUGCUGGCUCAUAGAAGGAACUCUAUCAACCAUCAGCAAAGUGUUCCAGAGUGCCCGGUCUGCGGCAAGAUCUGCCCGAACCAGCGUUCGCUGAGCAGCCACAUCGCGAGCGUCCACUCUUCGGAGAAGAGCUAUUGGUGCCCGCGGUGUCCAGCGAGGUACUCCACCAGGAAGUCCCUGGUGCGUCACGUUAGGUGCCACGACGCGCCUGAACAGCACCAGGUGGCCGUGUGUCACCUGUGCGGCCUGAGUUUCAAGGGCAAAAGCAAGUUGAACAGGCACCUUCGAGAAGUUUGUGAAAAGCAGAAAUUAGAAGAUGAACUGACUUCUUAUUAUGAUCAAGAGGAUAUUAUUAAUUGAUGAACCAUAAAGUAAUAUUGUGUUACAACCGUGAAGCAGCUGUGUUUGCAUGGCUGUGUUUCGGUUUGAAGGGUGGGAUAUGGCGUGAAUUUACAGGGUACAGAGAAAUAACACCUGAGUCCUCAGGAAUGGCAACGCAUGGGGGAUAUCAUGGGCGAAACAGUAUACUCUGUUAUGUCCAUGGUACUGCUCAUGUCUAUAGGCGACGGUUACCACUUUCCAUCAGGUGGGCCGUCAGCUUGUUUGACAUUCUAAGCUGUAUAAAAAAAAGAGAAAUGUAAAAUUAUCGUGUACAUAAUCGAAAAGAGUAAGUGUUGAGCUUCUUGCGGAUUCUUCUCAGCAGAUACCAACAUUCCGGACCCAGCAGUACAAUCAUAAACAUAUGACGAUUUCAAAGUGCUUGUAAACGAGUCUAUUUGAACCAAGAUCAUUUCUAUUCCGUUCUAUUCUAUAGAAUGUGACAGUUAUUGUUAUUAUUUAUUAUUAUAUUUGUUAUAAAAUAAAAAAAAAAGUUAGUUAUUACA